UGUUAUACUUGAAUGGUGGUUGACGAAAACAUUAGAGAAAAUGGAAAAGAUAAAGUUUUAUUGCGUUGCUGGAAUUCAUACAGACCCAGUUGAAAUGAUUAGGAGUAAUGAGGGCCACCACUUUGGUCAUCACAUUGCUCUGCCUUUACCAGAUCAAAUCAAUGUGUUCACUGUGGGUGAAGUGACAGAUUUUCCAGAUGACCAUGUGGUUGAUCUCCAGUUCUGGUAUGAGGGCGUGCAAUUCAAAUUGGGCACAGUCACCAAAGCUGUUAGAAAUGUUGUGUGGGAGCGUAAGAAAUGUGAUGAUACUUUGCCAGAGUUGCUGAAGAACAGCUGUGAAGGUGAAGUUUUGCUGGAGGGUCAAGUCAAACAGGUCAUGGGCAAUGCUUCAUCGAAUAGAAUCUCACAGACAUACAGAGCAGGGAAACGCAAGGCAGAUAACUUGCAAGAAGAACUGGAAAAUACUCCGCAGAAUCUAUUAACUAUUAGCACUCCAAUAAGCAAACAGAAGCCAGGCAAGAAGAAAGCAAAGCAGAGUAAUGGGGAAAGGACUCCGAAAGGACCUACACCUCGUAAAGGCAAAAUAGCCACACGAAUGAGAGCAUUGAGGGGUGAGUCACGCACCCCGAAGAAAAAUAAAAUCUUGGAAGAACAAAAUGCUGAGAAGAACGACAACACAAGUGAAGGGAACAGUUUGAGGUGGUCUGUGUGCAAAGAUGUCACUAGCAGAGUACUACCAGGCCCGUCACGACGCUGGGGUCACACAAUGUGUGUCGUCGAUGGAAAACAGGCUGUGUUGAUUGGUGGGCAAGGAGACAAACACCAGCUCAGUAAAGAUUCUGUCUGGAGUCUGAAUACAGAAACACGUCGUUGGAAACCGAUCAAAACUGAAGCUGAAUGUCAGAAUCCAGAACUGCGUAUGGGUCACACAGCAACAUUUGACCCCAUGGUCAGAUGUAUUUAUGUGUAUGGAGGGUCCAAAAACCUGAAGUGGUUUCGUGACAUUUACACACUGGACCUGGACAACUGGAAAUGGCAGCUAAUGAAGGUUAACGGGAAGGCCCCGACCCGUGCAUACCACACCACAACUCUAUACCGACAUGAGCUGUGGAUAUUUGGAGGGGUGUACCCGCGCCCUAACCCUCAGCCUGAUGGCUGCAGUGAUGAGCUGCACAUCUUCAGUCCCGUCAUGGAGAAUUGGUACUCCCCUAUUGUUACUGGGGACAAGCCACUGGCCAGAUCAGGUCACUCAGCCACCCUGAUUGGAGACCAGCUGGUGGUAUUUGGGGGGUGGGAUGCACCUGUCUGUUACAGUGACACAUUCAUUCUUGAUAUGACAUUAUUGGACUGGAGUCAACCAAAAAUAGUAGGGAAAGCCCCAAAACCCAGGAGCUGGCAUGCAUCUUGUGCUCUGAGUGGUCAGAGAGUACUAAUUCACGGAGGAUAUGAUGGUGACCUGGCCCUAGAUGACACCCACAUUUUUAACCUGCGAGAUAAAAGUUGGACGCACAUCAAGGUUGACUCACUUCCUUCACCACGCACUGGUCAUGUGGCUGUGUGUUUGCCGUAUUGUCAUGACAACCAGGAGCAAGAUGAGGUGAUGGUGUUUGGGGGAGGAGACAAUGAUGGUGCCUUUUUCACAGAACUGCUGAGCUUGGCCAUUCCCUUCCUUCCCCUUGCUCACACCAGUUAGGGUAAUGGUGGUGCCUUCUUCACAGAGCUGCUGAGCUUGGCCAUUCCCCUCUUUCCCCAUGCUCACACCAGUUAGGGUAAUGGCGGUGCCUUCUUCACAGAACUGCUGAGCUUGGCCAUUCCCUUCCUUCCCCUUGCUCACACCAGUUAGGGUAAUGGUGGUGCCUUCUUCACAGAACUGCUGAGCUUGGCCAUUCCCUUCCUUCCCCAUGCUCACACCAGUUAGGGUAAUGGUGGUGCCUUCUUCACAGAACUGCUGAGCUUGGCCAUUUCCCUCUUUCCCCAUGCUCACACCAGUUAGGGUAAUGGUGGUGCCUUCUUCACAGAACUGCUGAGCUUGGCCAUUUCCCUCUUUCCCCAUGCUCACACCAGUUAGGGUAAUGGUGGUGCCUUCUUCACAGAACUGCUGAGCUUGGCCAUUCCCUUCCUUCCCCUUGCUCACACCAGUUAGGGUAAUGGUGGUGCCUUCUUCACAGAACUGCUGAGCUUGGCCAUUUCCCUCUUUCCUCUUGCUCAUACCAGUUAGGGUAAUGGUGGUGCCUUCUUCACAUAACUGCUGAGCUUUGCCAUUCCCCUCUUUCCUCUUGCUCAUACCAGUUAGGAUAAUGACAUUGCCUUUUUCACCAAACUUCUGAGCUUGGUCAUUUCUUUCUUCCCCUUGCUCAUGCUAGUUAGUGUAAUGACGGAACCUUCUUCACAGAACUGCUCAGUCAAGCCAUUCCCUUCUUUCCCCUUGCUCACACCAGUUAGGGUAAUGACAUUGCAUUUUUCACAGAACUGCUGAGCUUGGCCAUUCCUUCCUUCCCCUUGCUCACACCAGUUGUAUGUGUAGGGGUCAUACAGAGAUUGUAUACUUAUUAUUAACUGUUCUGUUUCAAAGAUGGUAAAAAUUCAGUUCAAUACCUCAUUAUUGUUUUGUUUCUUUACUGGUUCUAACAUAUUUAGUCCCAAAUUUAAUAAGUACCAGCUUGUUGAAAGGUGUAAUUGUAUUCCACAUAAUACUGUGUGAUGCGGUCAUGUGUUGCCUGGAGAAUAUUUCUUUAAGUGUGAGCAUUUUGUCGGCAGCAGUUUUUAGUGACAGUGUUCCUGUUAAAGGUAAUUUUGUUGGCCAGUUAUCAGUCUGUUAAAUGUCAUGUUUAAAUCUACACUGAGUGACAGCUUGUAAAUUAACUGUCAUUGUUUUGUGGUUGCUGUUGAACAUUUUACACACAUUUUAUCCAGCAUACACAGUAAAUGGCUAUUUACUAUAUAUUUUGUUUCAUUUAUUUUUAUUUCUUACUUGUCCCAAUAUUAAAGUUGUCGUUUUAUUGGCCAACAAGGUGUACUAAAUCUACUAUGCAACAAAUGAUAUUGUACAGUUUUCUUUACAAAGUUGUUUUGUCUUCAUAGUUACCCUGUAACUGCUUUCUACAUUGUCCAAAAUGUUGAAUAAUGUAUAGGUAAUAAAGCAAAGAUUUAUUUUUA